AUGAGCAACAUUGAAAAAGAUGCAGAACUUCCAGAGGAGGCUCCAGUGGAUGACGAAGUUGCAUCUAAGGCCUUGCCUAGCAGUGUUUGGAAGAGAUUUGUUGUUGGGUCCAGCAACGCGCCUGCUGAGAAUGAAACAAAGAGGGUAAUGCAAAGCAGGCACCUGAUGAUGAUCGCAAUCGGAGGGACCAUUGGGACGGGUAUUUUCUUGAGCGCUGGAUCUGCUAUCGCUUUGGCCGGGCCAGGAAGUGCUCUGCUCUCGUAUGUUGUUGUUGGGAUGUUUGUGUACAGCGUCGUGAUCGCUUUGGGCGAAAUGUCUGCCAUGUUCCCCGUAUCAGGCGCUUUCUCCGUCUUUGGAAGUAGAUUCGUCUCUCCCGCGCUAGGAUUUACGUUGGCCAGCGAGCUGACUGCGGCUGCGAUCAUCCUACAGUUUUGGGCGCCGCAAGUCCAAGCCUGGGAAUGGGCCCUCGUCAUUAUUGUCCCUGUUUUCUCACUUCAACUGAUCCAUGUUCGAGCUUACGGAGAGUCUGAGUACUGGUUCGCUCUCGUCAAGGUCCUUAUGAUCAUAGUUUUCAUCUUUGUCGGGCUCAUCUACGACUGGGGUGGAAUAAAAGGACAUCCUGGACCCGGUUUGUCGAAUUUUCAGAACGGCCAAGCUUUCAUCGGUGGCUUCCAAAAUUUCGCUCAGACUUUCGUUUAUGCCUUUUACUCUUUCGGUGGUGUUGAACUGGUGGCAGUUGCCGCGGGAGAGUCCGUUCGACCUCAUAAAACCGUCCCUCGGGCUAUCAAGGCUACUUUCCUCCGGAUAGUCCUUUUCUACAUCUUGACCAUCCUGACCAUCGGACUUUGCAUCAACUGGCAAGACCCUACCUUACUCCGUGCAGCAGACGAGUCGGAUGUGACAGCCUCUCCACUGACUGUGGUGUUCCAGCGUGCUGGGUUUGGUGCUGCUGAACACGUCGUGAAUGCUGUCCUCUUGACCGCGGUUUUAUCCGCCACAAAUUCGUGUUUCUACGCAAGUUCACGCAUGCUUCUCUCAUUGGCCAGAUCUGGUCAGGCCCCUCGCAUCUUUGGCUGGGUAGAUGGCCGAGGCGUUCCUGUGCCUGCGCUCGUCAUGGCGCUUGCAGUAUCAUUCAUAACAUUCCUUACGACAAUCUGGGGGGAGGGGGUCGUGUUCACUUGGCUGCUCAAUCUCACAGGAAUAUCAGCCUUGCUUGUGUGGUGCUCAAUAGGUCUCAUUUCUCUGCGUUUUCGUGCAGCAUAUCGAGCUCAGGGGCGCUCGUUGUUGGAUUUGCCUUAUACCCAGCCUUUAUUCCCGUUGUUGCCUGCUGGAGUCGUAGUGCUAGCCUUACUGAUGUUCAUUGCGGAAGGAUAUUCGGCGGUCAAAGAACAGCCAUUGCAAGCCGAGAACGUCAUCGCCACAUACAUCGGUGUUGCCCUUUACGUUGUCCUAUACCUCGGCUACGCCAUCUACGAGCGAUAUGGACUUGGAAUCCGGCAACAUUUCGUGCCGUUGCUUGAGGUAGACUUACAAACUGAUGCUGUUUGGAAACCUGGAGAAGGUGCAAUGAUCCGAGAUCAUGAAGGCAAGGAUGAGGAGGCUGCUGUUGCGUACGUUGGAGGCGCCAAAGCUUUCCUUUACAAAGCGAAGCCAUCCGCAGGCCAUGGCAAAACAUCCGCUGUGGGCAUCUUGUGGCAAAGCGCCUGA